AUGCAGUCCUCCCUCAGGUAUACUUGCUCGCUUCUGCUGAGCACCACUCGCCGUCCAGCGCGUCUCUUUGCCUCCACGUCGAGCUCAUUCCAAGCAGCGGGUACCCCAUGGUUCGUUGAUCCUACCCCAGAGCCCUCACCGAGAUACGGCCAGCGGCCGCUACCGCCCCAUGUCCAGCUUCAGCACGGAGCAAGCGCCCUUCUGCCUGUCCCAGACGACGCGCCUGAUGUUCUCAAGUCCCUCCAUUCCGAGCUUGCAAAGUCCCCCCAUCUGGAUUUGGCCCAGCUGACCGUGUCACCUGCUAUUUUACCCCCGCCUGGUCCUCCUCUGCCUUUACGCGCACCCCACGGCCGUCGGAAACGAGGAGGGACAUAUGCGGGAGAGUCCGCAUUUGAUUCAAUGGGUGGAGGCAUUUGGGAUUGGGUUGUCAUCGCACAGGUCAAAGAAGGAACGGAGAACAGAGGCGCUAUUGAUUCUGUAGUCAGACUCGUGCGGAAAACGCUUCUAACCAGGGAGCCACCCGUCCCACUCGCUCCAAAAUCACGACAUGCCCGUGGAACAGAGUGGGUCCUCAUAGACGCAGGGUCCUUUGCUAUCCAUAUUUUGAGCAAAGCUUCUCGGGAGAGAUAUUUCAAUCAGGUAUCAUGGUAG